GAAAUUAAAACAGAAUUUUAAAUAUUUUCAAAGUUUCUUCUACACUUCAACCUGGGUAGGCUUGAAAGGGCCACAUUUUCUAACCCAAGCUUGGUCCCACAUCAGAACCGAGUCGAGCUAGUUGACCUCCAGACCUACCUGACCCAUUGGUUAUCCAGACCUUAUGCUAUGUACAGAUAAUCGUUUAUGGCACGUUUGGUUGCACUAAAUAUCAUGAAGUUUCAUCUUACUUUUGUGCCAUUACUAACCAUGAAAUGACUAUGAACCGUUGUUGUGAUUUCUUUCUUAACCGUCUAAUUCUUAGCCACCUAUUGAACGGUCCGAUAUGGAAGCAUUUUGGUACAUUGGCCAUCCUUAGUGGGCCCCACUCGUAUAAACUCAUAGCCUGAACGGUAUUGUACAAACACUCGGCCCAAGCAACAGUAGUCGCCUGAAUUUUUGUCCAGUAACAUUCGGAUUUUCAGUUAGUACAAGUAUGGCCCAUGGUUCACUAAUCCAAACCAUUGAUAUUGCGGAGACCACUUUGGAUGGAUGGUGGGAUAAAUAUCUCCCCGGAUCCAAGAGUAACAAUCUUUAGUAGGUGGAAGACGAAUAGACGGUUGAGAAGGAAUACCAUUACAAUUUACGUUCAGACAAAAACUAUCCAAAAAAUAUACUCUGCAUGGGUCAGUUAAGCUAAGGCUCAUCAUUUCAACGGUUCAGAUCACAAAGACAUGGGCCACAUCCAUACAAACUGAAAACGAGGACUUGGUACCUCCUCUAAGAAAGAACAGAGAAAAAAAAAAACCGUUACCUUCCAACGAACUUUUGAACGCUUCUUUGGCGCGGGUUAAAAAAACAGAGGAAAGGCCUUUCUCUCUCUCUAUCUUUCCGCAUUCCCAUCCAUUCCCUUCCCUCACUCCCAACACCAGACACCAACAUGUUCUUCCUAUUCACCUGACCCCACCUGAAUCCGACCCGUCCUCCAACCACCUCCUGUCUACUCAUACUCGACCGUCAUCAAACGGUCUCGAGCAUGGUCCCGGCCACCACAAUCUUGAUAUGGGUCACUUGGUUAGCCAUGAUCUUGGGUUGCCUUGCCGAGAACAUCGGCGUCAACUGGGGCAUGAUGACUUCCCACCCGAUGCUACCUACCACGGUCGUCGAUAUGAUCAAAGCUAAUGGGAUAAAGAAGGUGAAGCUGUUCGAUGCGGAUUCAUGGACUUUAGGCGCUUUGGCCGGGAGUGGGAUCGAGGUCAUGGUCGGGAUCCCAAAUGAUAUGUUGAAGCAAAUGAACGAUUACGACAAUGCAAAAGAUUGGGUGAAGGCUAACGUCACUAAAUACAAUUUCAAUGGAGGCGUCAAAAUCAAAUAUGUAGCAGUCGGAAAUGAGCCAUUCCUUGAGAGUUACAAUAAUUCCUUCGACAAGACCACCUUUCCGGCUUUGAAAAACAUCCAGAAAGCCCUCAACGAGGCUGGAGUUGGGGACAAGAUCAAAGCCACCAUCCCCCUCAAUGCCGAUGUCUACAACUCCCCCAAGGACAAACCAGUACCAUCAUCUGGGAACUUCCGUUCCAACAUCCGAAAGACCAUGGUCGAUAUCGUUAAGUUCCUCCACUCAAACAAGGCCCCUUUUGUUGUCAACAUCUACCCAUUCCUUAGCCUGUAUCAAAACCCAGACUUCCCCGUCGACUUUGCUUUCUUUGAUGGUGGAAGCAGGCCAAUCAACGACAACGAGCACCAAUACACCAACGUCUUGGACGCCAACUUUGACACACUUGUUUGGUCACUAAAGAAGGCGGGUGUGGGCGACACCAAGAUCAUCGUUGGGGAAGUUGGGUGGCCAACCGACGGUGACAAGCAAGCAAAUGUGGAGUAUGCUAAGAAGUUCUAUGACGGGUUGCUGAAGAAGCUCGGCAGCAAAAAGGGGACUCCAAUGAGGCCUAGUCCCAUGGACGUGUAUCUCUUCGGCUUGCUGGAUGAGGACUUAAAGAGUGUCGCGCCGGGGAAUUUUGAGAGGCACUGGGGGAUCUUCCGCUAUGACGGACAGCCCAAGUUUCCUAUGGAUCUUUCAGGCCAUGGACACGAUAAGUAUUUGGUUCGCGCGAAGAGAGUACCAUACUUACCAAAACAGUGGUGUGUACUCGAUGAGUCUGUUAAGGACUUGAGUGCAUUACCCGCCAACAUGGACUAUGCAUGCUCCCAUGGCGAUUGCACGGCAUUGGGUUACGGAUCGUCGUGCAACAACUUGGAUGCGAAUGGCAAUGCAUCGUACGCUUUCAACAUGUAUUUUCAGAUACUGGACCAGGAUGUGAGGGCCUGCAAUUUCCAAGGGCUGGCCAAAAUAACCACCAAGAACGCCUCCCAGGGAACUUGCCUCUUCCCAAUCCAGAUUGAAAGUGCUGGUGAGAGGAUCAGAUCAGUGCCUAUGAUGAGUAUUGUGAUAACAGUGCUAGUUCUGGUUGUAAUGGUUGCUCUGUAGGAGCUCUGUUUGGGCUUGAAAUGCUAUUUCUAUUAGAAAGAAUGCAUCA